UUGCCCAAGAAUAUAAUUUCCGUUGUGUUUGUGAUGGUGGAAAUGAAAUAGAAAAGCUGGCCGCCCGCGCCCUGUGACUCGACUGUGUGUGUGUUGGUGUCCCUGCUUGCCCGCUGUAGCUCCGGCAAACCAAAUCGUUGAAAACUUGUCGAGAUCUCGAACGCCAGCGAAUCUGAUAAGACCAGAAGAUGUCAUCUCCGCCCACAGCACGAAGUAUGACCCGUUCGCUUUCCAUUUCGUUGCCGUUAGUGCUCUACUCUAGUUCUUGUGCAACCACGACGACCGGCAAGACGCUGAGGAGCCAGAACUCCUUCCUUCUGGCAAAACUGUCCCCGGAACGGGUCUCGGAGCUCUUAUCGGAAACGCAGCAAGAAUGGAUUUCCUUCGCGGUAGAUCAGGAUGUGAAGAAGGAGGGAACCGAACUAGCCAAAUCGAAGAUGGUCACUUCCUGCACCGAUUUGGUAACGGACCUAGUGAUAUGCGUUGCAAAUAUGUCUGGGUCUGGAUGGAUUCGAAGUUGUGAUGCGAGUUCUACAUCAUGACAAAAUCUGUCAUGCUGCAUGGUCAGCAAAAUACGAAGGCCCCAUUUCGUCCUGUUACAGAAAGGGAGCAUCUGUCAUGCGGAUUAGGCAAUGGAAUAGUACCUGCUCGGAACGAAUCUGUGAUGCUAGGGCUUGCAUGCCAGACGAUCCGGGCUAGGCAAAAACUGCAUCACAAAUCCCUGCAGUCUUCCAGACCCAGACACAUUUGCAUUUGAUAAGUGACCGCAUCGGAAGGCGACAAGGACCGUCUCCAGGAUUAUUUCCAUAUCAAAUGCAAAUUAUGUCUGUGUAGUCUGGAAGGUGGCAAGAACUUGUGAUGCGGAUUCUGGAAGAGGCAAAACUUUGUAUUGCAGGAGCGCCAAAACCAAAAGAUGCCCACUUCUUGCUACGCACAUAGCGAAUUUCUCAUGCGGGACAGGCAGCACCAGGCCUGCGCAAAACCUGUAAAAUGCUUUUGCGUGCAUUGGAUACCAUAUGCGUGAUCCAAAAGAUGCAUGACGAACACCUGCAUUUUCUCAGACAAAUUUGCAUUUGAUAUUCCAAGAGGUCUGCCAAAAUGACGGAAGCGAUUCAAUGUGCGGACGGUUCACGACUGGCGUGAUGAGUAUCUAUAGAAUGACUCAUCUUGAUGUUCUGAGGACUUCGACUUUGUCAUGCAUAGUUGACGCUCUAACCGACCAACGCUAAGACAAGUAGGACUGAAGAACGAGGCAUGAAACAAUCAAUCACUGACUCACCCCAGGUGUUCUCUCGGAUGACAUGGAGCUGAACCGCGAAAAUGAGCGUGGAUUCAAUGUAUGAAUUGCAAAAGUAUCGUACUUCUCGUAAUAUAAAUUGUGCAUUACAAAUUUCCUCAGCAUGAGAAAUAAAAUUUGCAAUCCGGAUUUACCUUACGAAAAAGACUUGUGAUGCAUGACUGCAGUCUGUUACUACGAGGGCGAUACUUUUGCAGUUCAUACAAUGGAUUUUGCACCAACUUUUGGUCGACCGACAUUCUACAGACGGCGGAAAAGCAGAUCCACGCCAAUAUGGGAACGCCAAACGUUAUUUAGAUGGACUGCUGCUGGUUACAUGAAGAUUUGUCUUUGUCUACUUCAUGCAGGAGAAGCAGAUGAGCUGCUGUCACAGUCUGUACGGUCAACAAGCUGUUUCGCAUGACAAGUUUGCCAAGAAGCGCUGAACAGCAUUGAAAUCCGUUGCUCCAAUGUUGUAAAUGCAAAACGCACAAAAAGUGCUCUCCACUUAUGCAGCUAUUCUUGUAUCACAGAAGUAUGUAACACCAGAACUGCUCGUCCAUCCGCCAAUUGGCAACGCCAUAGCCAAGGAGGCCGCGGAGCUGGAGGCCAAAAAGCAGAUGCAGCAGUAUGACCUGCUCAAAUCGGUUAUCAUCUCAAAUCGGUUGCCAUAGAAUUUGGAAGUUGUCUUGCAUAAUGAGCUUGACACACUCGCAGACUAUUUCACUUUCUGCAACACUAAUUUCGGCAGACUGUAGUGCGGUUUGGGACUCCCACUCCGGAACUUGUCACGCGCAGUCCUAUGAGACUUGGCUGGAUCAUGCACUUCUUGCAUCACAGAUCUCCAAACUCUAUGGUAACCGAUUUGAGAUUGUAACCGAUUUGAGCAGGUCAUAAGCAGGAGAAGCUCGAAGCGGAGCGGAAAGCUAUCAAAUGCAAAAGUGUCUGGGUCUGGAAGAUUUCUAGAUUUGUCAUGCAUAUUGUCCAUGAGCCAUGAUGUCUGUGAUGCAUGCCGUAGCAUCACAGAUUUUUACAGGGCUUUGCGAUACCUCUACCGCAUGAGAAAUGCCCUCUCCGCGUAGAACAAACCCGGCCCCUCUUGGUCUUGCUGGUCAUGCAAUGCAAAUUUUUUUGGAAUCCACAGACAGCAUCACAAGUUGUGACCUUCCAGACCCAGACAUUUUUGCAGUUAAUAAAAGCAGCGGCUGCGCAAGAGCACGAGAAGGAGGCACAGCACCAACAAGCGGUCGAAAAGGAACGGAAACGACAGCACGAGGAAGCCGCGGAAGCGGUGGAACAAAAGCGAAAAGAACAGGCGGACCAGCUUGCCGCGAAGGUGGAGAAAGAACACAACGCUGAGGCGCAAAAAAAGGCUGCUGCUGCCGCGGAAAAUAAAGAGAAGGAAGAAGUCCAGCGGAAGAUGGCCGCCGAGCAGAAGGUCCUCGCGAAGACGAUGAUGAUGAAAAAAAAGGCUACGCCCGCCUCGGCGUCCUCCGGUGCUCGCAAGAAAGCAAGUCAAACCAGCCACGCCAACCGCAUGGCUUCGACCGCUUCGAAGCACGAGCAGCAAGAGGUGAUGAAAAGGCCGGCGCACGCGGAAAAGGUGAAGACGGUACUGAUUUUUCUGUGUGAAGACUGACAUAGAGCAAGAGCAAUUGAAGUACUAGGGGAUGAGUAAUUAUAUCAUUUUUCUCAUACACAUACUGGUACUGCUGCUCGUAGAUGGAACAAGAAGAGGUGGAAGGUGAUUUUUUUGUACGUGAACAAUGUUGUAGCCUCGGCCUAAAGAAAGUUUUAUUUCCUUGUCUUGGACGAACAAGGGCUCCACCUGUUGAAAAGUCUUAGAAUGGUGGUUUUUUUUCAUCAAUGCGAUGAAGAUGUGGAGACUUUUCUCGCAGGCACUGAAAUUUUUCUAAAGAAUAAAAAGGAAAUGAGAACUUUGAAUCCCUUUCGUUCAACCCAUUUUUAUUUGACCACGUGCGCAAAAAUCCAGGCCGCCUCUACUACCACCAAAACCGCAUCUCCCGGGUUCUUGGCCAGCGCCGAGCACUACGUGGCCAACAUGGGCUCCAAACUGUACGACAGCGUGAAGUAUCCUGUGCAAAAGUAUCGUACUCGUUGUAUUGCAAUCAUGCAUUACAAAUCUUUUUCUCAAGGUAAAUCCGCAUCACAAAUUUUAUCUCUCAUGCUUUCUGAGAAAAUUUGUAAUGCAUUGAUACGAGUCUCCGAUACUUUUUCAGUGCAUAUGAAGCACUUCUUUACCGCAAGCGGAAAGACAUCGUCGACAGCCGGUACUUCUAACACGAGCCGGGAAGAAAUGGUGAAGACGAGCAAGAGAGCGAACAAGAAGAUGAAUAAAUCCAGCGCCACCUCCUACUUCCGCAACCUCAACGCCCACGUGAAGAGCAAGAAGUCGCUUUCUUCCGCCCUGAAGAAACUCGCUGACUUCAACAACAAGCACAAGAACCUGAACAAGAAGUCCUCUCCGGUGGUGCACACCACGUUGAAAUCGGUGAAAAAGGAGAAACAAAUCGUCCGGGAGGAGAGGACCAAGAAUAUGAGCAGCGUUUCUGUAGUUUCAUCCAAGAAGAACAGUAAAGUCGCCACCAAGUUAUCUCCGACGGGGAAAGAGCCAACCUCUUCUGACGAGAAAACGAAAACCAAAAUCGUUCCCGCUGCUACCGAAAAGCACGAAGAGAAAAAGCACGAAGCGGUUGAGAAAACCAAGAAAGCCACGGGUGAGAUGAGCAUGAAUGCCAAGGCGAAGCUGGUGCAUCAAGCCCCCAACGCCGCAGAACCUACGAGCGACGUCAAAAACGCUGCGGAGGUCGCCACACACAGUCUGGCGAAUUUGAAGAAGCAAAAGCAUGAGCAUGCUGCGGCUGUCCACACGGCGAAAAAAACUUCUACCGAGAAGCACGCUUCGGCUUCCUCUACUUCUGCGUCGGUCGGUAAAAACAAGGAGCAUGACGAACACCAAUCCGCGGUCGCGAGCAAGGUGGCUGCGAUUAAAGCGCGGAUCGCCAAGCGGUUUUACGAACAUGAACAGAAGGAGAAACUGCAGAAUGCGGUGCAGGACAUGCAAAGUGGGAACAAGCAGGCCGAACAGGGCAAAACCAACAGCAACAAGCAAGAAAACGUGAAGAAAGCGGCGUCUGGUGUCGUGAUGAACAAGAAAGCUUCUUCCUCGUCUUCUGUCACGCCCAAGAACAAGCACACCAAGCUCGACGAGGCGCUGAAGCACCUCCGGGAAAUGCAGGCGAAAAAGAAGCAUGCGUAAGCAUGAGCGCCUGGCUGCGUGUAGCACUGAAACCAAAAGUGCGACGAGUAUAAGGCUUUUGUAGCUCUGCAUCUGCAAAUGAACGUUAAGCAGCAUCACGAUGGUUUCGAUUCUUUUCCGGCACUGAGAUAGAUUACGACCAAAGAAGUAUUCACAAUGAGUUGUUUUUUCCAGAAGGAGGUUCUGAAAUUUCACUUCUAAGUAUGUAGUCGAGCGUCACUACAGCAACUCUGCGCUGCAUCAAAACAGAUAGAAUUUGCAGCACCAAUGUAUGGCGCCAGGCGCAUAAGAUGACGUGGGUGCACCCCAUUGCGGUUGGAUGGUAGUUGUGGACCGUUGAAGAUGUUUUUGG